CGGGCGGCCCAUGGGAGUCUCGGGCCAGGCCCCCGCGCUAGAGGAGAAGACUGGCUCUCCCUGCAGGUGUGCAGGGGCCUGGGCCUGCUGGCGUGGGAGCAGCAGGAGGGCACGGGACAGGAUGAGCCUGCCCACAAGCUGUGGCUCCGUGGCCUUGGCAGAUUGUGCCCUUAUGGUCUGCAACGGCCACCUGGCCGGCUCGCCCCGCGCCGUCAACCGGCCCAUCGACAUCGCGCAGAAGCACAGACGCUUUGACAUUGAAAAUGGCCUUUCAUCGGGGAGGAGCCCGCUGGACCCCCAAGCCAGCCCCGGCUCCGGCCUGGUCCUGCAGGGGAACGUCCCUCACAGCCAGCGGCGGGAGUCCUUCCUCUACCGCUCCGACAGCGACUAUGAUCUGUCUCCCAAAGCCAUGUCCCGGAACUCCUCCAUCGCCAGCGACCUGCAUGGAGAAGACAUGAUCGUCACGCCCUUCGCGCAGGUCCUGGCCAGCCUGCGCACCGUCAGGAGCAACUUUGCCAUGCUGACGCAUCUGCAGGACCGCGUGGCUAGCAAGAGAACUUCUAGCAGCAACCCGCCAUCUGUGUGCAAGGCCAGCCUGUCGGAGGAUGCCUGUCAGAAGCUGGCAGUCGAGACCCUGGAAGAGCUGGACUGGUGCUUGGACCAGCUGGAGACCCUGCAGACCAGGCAUUCUGUCAGCGAGAUGGCCUCCAACAAGUUUAAAAGGAUGCUGAAUAGGGAACUGACGCACCUAUCCGAAACCAGCCGCUCUGGCAACCAGGUGUCUGAAUACAUCUCCAGCACCUUCCUGGACAAGCAGCAUGAGGUGGAAAUUCCCUCCCCCACGCCCAAGGAGAAGGAGGCGGAGAAGACAACGCGCCCCAUGGCCCAGAUCAGUGGCCUGAAGAAACUGACGCACAGCUCCAGCUUCAUCAGCUCCAGCAUCCCUCGCUUCGGGGUCAAGACGGACCAGGAAGGGCUCCUGGCCAAGGAACUCGAAGAUACAAACAAAUGGGGUCUUGACAUGUUUAAAAUCACCGAGUAUUCUGGCAACCGCCCGCUUACGGUCGUCAUGUACAGCAUCUUCCAGGAGCGGGACCUGAUGAAGACCUUCCGCAUCCCAGCCGACACCUUCAUCACCUACCUGAUGACCCUGGAGGACCAUUACCACGCCGACGUGGCCUAUCACAACAACAUCCACGCCGCAGACGUGGUCCAGUCCACGCACGUGCUGCUGUCCACGCCGGCUCUGGAGGCUGUGUUCACGGACCUGGAGGUCAUGGCUGCCAUCUUCGCCAGCGCCAUCCAUGACGUUGACCACCCAGGCGUGUCAAACCAGUUCCUGAUCAACACCAACUCGGAGCUGGCUCUGAUGUACAACGACGUCUCUGUCCUGGAGAAUCACCACUUGGCCGUGGGCUUCAAGCUGCUCCAGGAGGAAAACUGCGACAUCUUCCAGCAGCUCAGCAAGAAGCAGCGGCAGUCGCUCCGCAAGAUGGCCAUCGACAUGGUGCUGGCAACGGACAUGUCCAAACACAUGAACCUGCUGGCAGAUCUGAAGACGAUGGUGGAGACCAAGAAGGUGACCAGUCUGGGAGUCCUGCUGCUGGAUAACUACUCGGACCGAAUCCAGGUCCUGCAGAACAUGGUUCACUGCGCUGACCUCAGCAACCCCACCAAGCCCCUGGAGCUGUACCGCCAGUGGACGGACCGGAUCAUGGUGGAGUUCUUCCACCAGGGGGACCGGGAGCGGGAGAAGGGCAUGGAGAUCAGCCCCAUGUGCGACAAGCUCAGCGCCUCCGUGGAGAAGUCCCAGGUGGGCUUCAUCGACUACAUCGCUCACCCGCUGUGGGAGACGUGGGCCGACCUGGUGCACCCCGACGCCCAGGAGAUCCUGGACACGCUGGAGGACAACCGGGAGUGGUACCAGAGCAUGAUCCCGCACAGCCCCUCGCCGCCCGAGGAGCAGGACCCCGAGAAGGGCGGUGGGGUGGAGAAGUUCCAGUUCCAGCUGACCCUGGAGGAGGAGGGCGAGUCGGACACUGAGCCAGAGGAGGCCGAGAGCCCGCUGGAGGAGGACAACAGUGGCAGCGACUCCAAGAUGCUGGCCACGGACGACUCGGAGUCGCCGGAGCUCGAGCGCCUGUCCCCUGGCUCAGUUGGCCGGGACUCUCCACCCUCCGCGCCCAGCGGCCCGCUCAGGAACACGCUGGUCAAGCAGAAGGAGGCCUUGCACUUUGACAACAGGAGGGCUCUGGAGAGGACGCUCUCGCAGCCCGACGGCGGCACCUUGGAGCUGGGCCGCAGGGGGAGCCUGGAGGCCAAGGAGCUGGCCCUGGACACAGAGGGGAACCUCACGUUUCUGCCACUGGGGACGUAACGGGCAGGGCCCGCUGUGCCCAUUGGUUGGGUCUGGGAGCCACCUGGAGACUGGGCACCGCAGGGUCGUUAAUAAAGAGAGCGAGAUUGGGGCAUGGAGCACAUGAGCUCUGUGGGCCCCCACCCUCCCGUAGCACCCACUGGGGACUGAGAUCAGGACCCUCCGGAGGGAGCAGGCAGCAGCUGGCCAGGCGGGCCCGGACUGGAAUCGUCAAGCUGCUGUGUGCCCUCGAGUGAUGACCGGGCCCACGGCGUGGGAAUGGCUCUGUACCGGAGCAGGUCCCCGGACGCCCGGGGCGGGUCUGUGCGCUGCCGCUGGGCUCGGACCGGGCUGCGGCCGCAGCAUUGUCGUGUGUGUCUUGCCUCACUAUCCUCGGUCUCACCCUGUGCCCUACGUCCCCGCGCCUGCCAGCCAGGGCCCGACCCGGACCCGGAUGGGCAGAAGGGCUGGGAGCUGCCGGGAGGGCAGACAGGCCACGCAGACCCAUGAGCAUCCCUGCUGCUCACAGCUAAGCACUGUGUCCCCUUCAGGCUGCAGCUCUGGGCUCCUGAGAGGGGAGCGUGUUCCCUGGUACCCCUGGACCAUGCCCCCUCGGA